AGGGAAUCCAUUUCCUCCAUAUUGGAAAUUCACCUCGUGGUUUGGGCUUGUUGAUUCUAUGGGAUUUGACACUUGUCGCUACGUUUAGGGCACCUAAACAGUACCAAAAUGCCUACCAACAACCCUUUACCUCCAAAAGAAAAUAAUUUCUUCAAGAGAAUUUUGAAAUGCUACGAGCAAAAACAGUACAAGAAUGGGCUGAAAUUUGCCAAACAGAUUUUGUCAAAUCCCAAGUUUUCAGAACAUGGCGAGACGCUGGCCAUGAAGGGCCUGACACUGAACUGUCUAGGUAGGAAGGAAGAGGCCUAUGAUCAUGUGCGGCGAGGGCUGAGGAAUGACCUUCGUAGUCAUGUCUGCUGGCACGUUUACGGGUUGCUGCAGCGGUCAGACAGGAAAUAUGAUGAGGCUAUCAAGGCUUAUAGGAAUGCACUGAAAUGGGACAAGGAUAACCUGCAGAUCUUGAGAGAUCUGUCCUUGUUACAGAUACAGAUGCGGGACCUAGAGGGCUACAGAGAUACACGUUACCAACUACUUGUGUUGAGGCCGGGCCAGCGUGCGUCUUGGAUUGGCUAUGCCAUGUCUUACCAUUUAUUGAAGGACUAUGAUAUGGCCUUCAGUAUCAUUGAGGAGUUCCGCAAAACACAAAUGCCUAAACCACUGGACUAUGAGCACAGCGAACUCCUCAUGUACCAGAACCUGGUACUACGGGAAUCGGGAAUGAAUUCCGAAGCACUCACCCACUUAGAAAAAUACGAAAAACAAAUUGUAGACAAGUUAGCUGUUCAAGAAAUUAGAGGUGAACUUUAUCAGAAGUUGGGCAGACAUAAAGAGUCCGCCGAUGUUUACAAGGAUCUGAUCUUGAGAAAUCCAGAGAACUGGGGCCACUACAGGAAACAGGAGGAGGCUGCCACUCCUGAAACUGCAGAAGAGCGUCUCCAGCUGUAUAAGGAUAUAGAGAAAGAAUUCCCACGAGCCUCUGCCCCGAAGAGGUUGCCAUUGGCCUUCACGACAGGAAACACAUUUACCAGUUUGAUCGAUACGUAUCUGAGAAAGGCUUUCCACAAAGGAGUUCCACCACUGUUUGUCACAAUUAAAUCUUUGUACGCGGACCCAACUAAAGUGAGAGUUAUAGAGGAAUUGGUAUUAAGUUACAUGGAGAGCCUUAAGAAAGUGGAGAAGUUUGACGAAGCUGAUGAAGGUGAGAAGGAGCCGCCCACGUCCUUAGUGUGGGUGUACUAUUUCCUAGCCUCACAUUUUGACCAUCAGGGUAACACGAAGCGGGCCAUGGAAUUUAUAGAUGCGGCCUUGGAACAUACGCCACUACUCAUAGAGUUGUAUGUUCUCAAAGCAAAGAUACAUAAGCAUGCAGGUGAUAUAGAAGAGGCAAUGCGUCUGAUGGACGAAGCCCAAUCUCUCGACACUGCCGACCGUUACAUCAACUCUAAGUGUGCCAAGUACAUGCUCAAGGCUAACCUCAUCAAUGAGGCUGCCGAUAUGUGCUCCAAAUUCACGCGGGAGGGUGUAUCCGCGAUGGAUAACUUGAAUGAGAUGCAGUGCAUGUGGUUCCAGACAGAAUGUGCGGCCACGCAUCAGCGAACGGGCAAGUGGGGAGAGUCGCUGAAGAAAUGUCACGAAGUAGACCGGCAUUUCACAGAGAUAAUUGAGGACCAGUUUGACUUCCACACAUAUUGUAUGAGAAAGAUGACGUUACGAGCUUACAUAGGACUGCUUCGCCUUGAGGAUGUGCUUCGAAAUCAUCCUUUCUACUUCAAAGCAGCAAAAAUAGCAAUAGAGAUAUAUCUUCAUUUGAACGACCAUCCGCUGGCUGAAAAUGAAACAGACAAAUCCUUAGAUACAGAAAAUCUUACACCAAGUGAAUUGAAAAAGUUACGAAAUAAGCAGCGAAAAGCUGCUAAAAAGGCCCAACAGGCCCAGGAGAAACAGAAAGCAGAACAAGACAAAAAGGAGCAACAGAGCAAAAAACAGCAGGAUGGCGAGAUGGACGGGCCAAAAGAGGAAGAAUUGAUUCCUGAUAAACUAGCCAGGACGGAUGAACCACUUGAACAGGCCAUUCGCUUCCUCAGGCCACUUCAGUUGUUAGCAAAGGACAAAAUACAAACCCAUAUAUUUGCGUAUGAAAUUUAUAGUAGAAAGGGCAAACACUUGUUAAUGUUACAAUCACUAAAGCGAGGCUGUCGUAUCGACUCCAAUGAUCCUCAGAUACACAUUUGUUUACUCAAGUUUUUACAAAAAGUCAAUAAGAAAGGCGUAUUGCCAGAGGCUGUGAAACAGGUGUUAGAAAUGGAAACGUUACCGCUCCAUCAAGGAAAAGAUGUAAAAACACUCAACACAGAGUUCAUCAUGCGGAACAAAAACUCGCUACUACACAGAUUAGCAGGUGCUAGAAUGAUGUAUGAAUUAGACUCCUCAGAAGAAGUACAGAAAAAAGCAUUAGAUAUGGCCACAAGUCUUUCAGAGGAACUAGCAGGAAUCAGCAUAAAGAACUGUAUAGAGGUGUUGGAAGCAAUGUGCCGAGGCGACUUUGGUCAGUGUGAGAGCGUUGCACAGGACUAUCAGGCUCGGUGCCACAGCCUUUUCCCGCUCUCUCCUUCCUUUAUUAUUCCCGCCAGCAGUCAACCAGACCAGAUCGUUGCUAACGGAGCUGCCUCCUAGAAAAAGUGUGGUCAAGGGGAAUAAUCCACCUCAUUUUGUGCUGAGUUAGGACGGCUUUCUUAUUACAAAUAACUCCCAAAUCAUAGGUCAAUUACUCUUCAGGCAUUUCACUGGGGGGACAAGUAAAACACCAUGCCAUAUAUCUCAUGAUGAAACCACGGUUUUGACCGCCGAUACACUUGGAGACGGAACGCUACUGGAAAUAAACCACAUUACAAGGCGGCACCGUUCGGUGGAAUUGUGACGCUACUGGAACUUAACCACAUUACAGGGCGGCACCGUUUGGUGGAAUCGUGACGCUACUGGAAUUGAACCACUUUACAGGGCGGAGUCGUUUGGUGAAAUCGUGUUGACUUUUAAAUGUCACAGAAAAUCCAGACAUGCCAUUAGAUACCUUGUGACCACUGUGCACAUUUCUGUAGGGAACGCUGUAGCAGCUUGUGUGUAGAUGCUGGUGUGACUGGGGAAUGAUAGAAUGUGGAUGAAUCGCGCCAGACGUCCAGGCUUUCGGGCUAAAUGAGCAAAUGUUUGGGACAAGCCGCCAGAGAACAGAACAAAAGCAAUUCUAACAUUUUCAAAAGUGUUAUUUUUUUUUGUAAAAUCCUUUUUCCCCUUGCAUGUACAACUUCCCGCUAAAUAAUUUGCUCAAGUGUGACGAGGGAAGCUGUAGUGUAUUUUGACAGUCACACACUGGAUUUGGGGACCAUGCUCACUCGUCCAAAUUGAGCGUUAACAUUACAAAUGGUGGCCUGAACUAGCACACACCGGUACGCCAGAAAUGAACCACACCUGUAAGCUUGCCACAUGAAUUCCGCACAACGUGAGCCGCAGUGAUAAUUUUCCAAGGGUAGACAAAUCUCAUUUUUUUUAAGUUAUUUUAUAGAACUUAGUAUUAUCCAUGUGUUCGUUUUGCUACAUUUACAGUUGUCAUUGUGACUUGACCGGACUUUUUUUUAAUGAACAGAUAUUUAUACUGAAGUGGUAACCAUGGUGAUAACACGUCACCACUGUGAUUGUCCAGCGUUUGUCUCAUCUUGGCGUCGUUCAAUAUAUGCUGAGUGUCCCAUGUUGUGAGAAUGGUUUUUAUUGAGUGUGAUAAUGAUGAUGAUGAUGAUGAUGAACAAAAGUGUGGUCGGAUUUGAAAGUUGGAACCAACCACUAUAUGUUAGUGCUAUGAGUGGCAGCACGCCACCUAUCAUGUCGAUGAUUCACUUUUGUAGAACUGUGAUGAUGAUGGUACAGAUGUUACAUAUAGCCAUCAACGUAUUACUGACAUACUGGGGUCACUUUACAUCACCAAAUGUCCUUGUAUCAUCGCUUAAAAUUCAUUUAUUGAACAAUUGUAACUAAGUGCAUGCCACUAUUGAACUUUUAUCAGGAAAUUUGAUCACUGAUAAGUAUGCUGCUCCUGCAUGCUGAUUGUGGUAACAGCAAUGGUUACUCGAGGAAAUUUGCUGCUUUGUUCAGCUUUCUUGCAAAAUGGAACAAAGUUCCUUCCAUUUUAUUUUUUUUUAAGAUUUCUAUUCUGAUGUCAAUUCUUAUCUUCUUCUCUCUUAAUUAAUUAAACAUAUCAAUGAAUCUAGAUUAGGUAUCUUUUGUUACAGUAAAACCAGUCUAAUUGCAGAUGAAAUAUAUCCAAAAGCAUAUCAGAUUUGAUGCUGUAAGAGAAGGAAAUAUAAAACAGGCCUGCUAAGAAUAAGUGUCGGGCCCAAUGUGAUCGAUAAUUAUAAAUUAUCACAGUGCAACUUUUAUCAAGAAUUAACUUCCUUCCAUGAUAGACUACCAAUUUUUGUUACCAAGAGAAUUUUUUUUAAAGCUGUUGGUUUUAGAAACAACUUUGUAUUGUCAACCAAGCAAAAAUUCUUGGUUGACGAUAUAUUUAAUUUAUAGACUUCAAACAUUGAUAUAUUGAUCCAGUAGAGCCAGCACUGUUUAUUUAGUUCAGGUUUAGCUGGUACCGUUGAUCCCACCCCUGGAUACUAACCAGUAUGCAGGGUGAUUGAAGAAAUGGAAGACGAAGAGUACCCCGGUAGGUGUCAAUCAUAACAAGCUCGGGAUCAAUUGAAUUUCUUUAUUAGGAUAAGUCUACCAGUUUCGCCAAAACAUUUGGCUUCUUCUUUGAUAUACAUAUAUAUAAUAAUUUAUAUUUAAAUAUUCUUUGCAGCUAGUAACAUGAGUUUACUUGACAUGGCAACUUCCUUAUCAAACUGAAACACAGGGACAACAUGUACAAAUUCUCAACCCCCACAGUUUGUAUAUAAUACAUUAUACAGACUGUGGGUUUUGGAACUUGUGUCAAGCCCCUGUGGAACAACACAUACAUGUAUAUGGACUGUCGGGUUUGGGAACUUGUGUCAAGCCCCUGUGGAACAACACAUACAUGUAUAUGGACUGUCGGGUUUGGGAACUUGUGUCAAGCCCCUGUGGUAGAUAACAUAUAGACUGUGGGGUAUAGAACUUGUGCCAAAUCCCUGUGGUACAAUACACAUACAUGUAUAUGGACUGUCGGUUAAAUAACAUGGACUGUGGGGCCUGGAACUUGUGCCAAUUCCCUGUGUGCUGAAGAAGUAUAGUAUUGAAACCUGGCUUGUCUAUAGAGAAACCAUGUAAAAGAGGAAUAUAAUGCGUAAUACACAUUUUGUGAUGAAAAUUUAUCAUUUGAAAAAAAUUCUUCUUAUACAGGGUUACUUCCAACAAUAGCGCAGUCUAAAAUUUACUUACCUCACCAAAUGUGUUUGUGAAACAGGUACACAGAUAAAAAAAAUUCUUGAAAACUUCAGAAACAAUGGCGAGCUGGUUCUAGUAUUAAAAGUACACUAAACUUCACCAGACAUGAGGUGAAACAAUCGGUGAUAAUAAGUGUUUAUUGAAUGUUUUUCACUAUCAAAAUUUUCGAUUGGCAAUGGGAUGAUUCUAGUGUUAUAAACAUCUCCCACAGCUUCAACUAUUCAUUGGUUGACAUUGGUGACCAUUUGCUGUGGCACUGUCUCCAUGGCAACUACCAAAAUUGGUCAGAAGAUGGUGAUUUGUAUUGAUUCUAAUUACUAAAGUGAAAGUGGUGGAGUGAUAGGCAAAAAAAACCACAGGCAAAACAAAAAACAAAAAUGACACAGUACCUGGAAAAUAAAAUGGACUAGAGAAAAGCAUUUCAUAAAUUUCAUGUCAAGAAAACAUCCUCUUUGUGCUUCAAACUAAAAUUAAAACUGAUAAUUUCAAAGGAAUCGUUGCAUUGUAAUGACACAGUAAGAUAAGAAAAUAUAUUUCACUGUCCAAGGUUUAUGCUGUGUUUUUACUUGGAAAAAAAAAAGACGAUAAAAAGUGAUGCUGUUCUGGUUUAGGUUGAUUUAACUUGACAAGUAUUGAGUUAACCAACAUUAAGAACGUUUUCUGAAGUAAUAACAGGAAUCAAGAAUAAUUUAAUGAUGAUGAAGAAUGUUGUCUUUUGAGUGGGAUUUUUGUAACGACAACUACAGUUUGCAAUGCAGUUGCCGAGGAUGCCAGAGACAAUGGUAUGGUUGCUAUGGUGAUGUAUGGGUAUGAAAGAGAGGUUAUACAGAUGAAUCCUGGGAUAGUUACAUGAAAUAAACACUUUCUAUCUACAAACCUA